GCAAGCACCUUCACGUCAGUCUACACCAGAAAUCUAUCAUUUGGACUUAGAAUAUUUUCAAUUAAUUUAAUAAACAACACUUAGAAAUAUUUCGACACGACCUGUACUUUCGACGACCAGUUGCUGGCCCACUACAAUGGACUUAACUGAGCUUGUAUAACUACUACGUUAUCGAUCAUCGAUAGAAAUAGUUGGACACUUUGUAGCUAUUAAAUAUUAAAUAAGUAAUGCAAUUUUUAAAUUUUCAUUUGUUCCAUUGCGAAAUCUGACUGGCGACUGUUUAACAUGGGCCCCAUCGGCUAGCCACCUGUUUAAAUAGUGACUAUACUAACUAUUAACGAAUAACAAUAGAAAUACGUGUAUUUAUCCGUAAUAAUUAUAAUUGUGACAUGUAUACAGGAAUGGGAAACACCGUCAUCGUUUGACGAUAUUUGUUUCUCGAUUACUCUAUCGUAAAUAAUGAAUAUAAACACAUAGACAAUAUACCUACUAUUAAUUAUUAUAUAGGGUUUGUAGAAAUUAGAAGUUCGCCGUUCGGCCAUUAUAGAUAUUUAUUCUGUUUAUAUUAUAUUGUGUAGAGUGAAAUAAGUGCAUAUUCAGGUGUAUAGGUACGUAGGUAUUAUACAAUUAUACGCGUGUGGCGUAUCGUGAUAUAAUAGUUUAAAUAGUGUAUAACGUUGAAGUAUUAUGAUUAUGAUUUUGUACUAUCGUUUGAUGAUAGGCUUAUUGUAAGUGCUUACUACACAGCCACACGGGUACCUAUAGUAAGGUAUUUUGAGAAAAAAACAAAUAAUUCAAUAACAUAAGUUUUGAUCAUCACCGAAAAUUAAAAAUAAUUUCAACAUUCUCAAAACAAUAUGUAUCAAAGGUUUAUUGAUGAUUCUUCUGCUGGUCCAUCUUCUAUAGUAGCUAUGACCCCAGAAAAAUUACAACCAUCAUCUCUUAAGUCGACGAUGCCAAAAUCAAUGUGUGAAAAGACAUCAGCACUUAAGUUCUUGCAUGCGAAAAAGAAGUCUGGCCGUGAAUAUACAGUUUCCAUUAUUCUCAUAUGUAUUUGGCUUUUUUGUACCAUAGUUCUUAUGGCAAAACAAGAAAGGAAAGUAGAUGAUGUCCAUCAAAUAACAUUAGCUCCAAAUGAAACUAAAACUCAGAUAAUAUAUAAAAAUUAUAUGCCAAACACAAAUAAAAUACAAUUGAUAUUGGCUGGUGCAUUUAUGCCUGAUUAUUAUAGUACUUUGGCAACACAUUUCUUUAACAUUUGGAUAGAGUUCAAACCAAUUGAAGAAUAUGAUAUGCCCUCAAAUUUGGGAUUGAAAUUAGAAAAUAUUCAUCAAAGCAGGAAUAUAACUCAAAUAUGGUCCAUACCAAUUGUGAGUGAAUCACUUGUUGAAGUUGUUCCUGAAAUGCACCAUAAUAAAAUCUUUAAUUUAUUUUCCAAUGUUACUCUUCGUGGUGAUACUAGACUUUGUAUGAAUACUACAUUGAGCACUAAUUUUCCUAUUGCAUUGACGUAUGAUUUGUUUCCAAUCAACACGGAAUAUGGUAUAAUUUAUGCUGCUUUAGUAUUGAUUGGACUUUACAUAUUAAUUAUAACUGAAGUUGUACACAAAUCAAUUGCAGCAAUAUUAGCAGCCACUAUGUCAAUUUCCAUACUAGCACUUUUAGAUGAGAGACCAACUAAAGAUGAACUAUCUUCUUGGGUGGAUAUUGAAACGUUGCUUCUCCUUUUCUGUAUGAUGGUUAUUGUUGGUAUUUUAUCCGAAACAGGCAUUUUUGAUUACUUGGCAAUCAUAGCAUACAAAGAAACUAAAGGUAAAAUUUGGCCAUUGAUCAAUACAUUGUGUUUCUUUACUGCUAUUGUAUCUUCUAUAUUGGAUAAUGUUACCACUGUUCUCCUAAUGACACCUAUAACCAUAAGGUUAUGUGAAGUAAUGCAAAUGAAUCCAGUACCCACGCUUAUGUGUAUUAUAUUUUAUGCAAAUUUAGGAGGAGCUUUAACAUUAAUUGGAGAUCCACCAAAUGUAAUAAUUGGAACAAAUAAAGACGUUAUUGCAAGUGGAAUUGAUUUUACAACAUUUUCUUUACAUAUGGGUGCUGGUUUAAUAUUUAUAUUUAUAGCUGUAAAUCUACAUUUAAGGUUUAUUUUCCGUAAUAUGCAAGAUUUAAAAUUUACUGAACCUCCUAAUGUCACUGAAUUAAGACAAGAAUUGGCAAUUUGGCAAAAAGCUGCAUUUUCUUUGUCUUCGUACUCAAAAGAAGAAGGAGUUGUAAGAGAUAAACUUUUAAGAAAAUGUAAAACUAUAUUUUCAAAGCUUAAAGACACUCUUAAAGGUUUCAAUGUUGAUGUUCUACCAACAGAAAGACUUCAAAGUUAUGAUGAAUCUAUCAAGGAUUUUUUGAAUAAGGAAAAUCAUUUAGAUAAAAGUCUUUUAUGGAAAUGUGCUAUUACAUUAGGAUUUGUUAUUACUUUGUUUUGCCUGCAUUCAAUUCCUCAACUGAAUCUUAGUCUUGGAUGGAUUGCUGUACUUGGAACAUUACUUUUGCUUAUACUUGCUGAUCAUGUUGAUAUUGAAUGUGUACUAGGCCGAAUUGAAUGGGCAACUUUGUCAUUCUUUGCUGCACUGUUUAUUUUAAUUGGAGCAUUAUCUGAGCUAGGUUUGAUUGAAUGGGUAGGUAAACAGACAGAAAUGAUAAUUAUGUCUGUAGCCAAAGAGUACCGAUUGUCAGUUGCUAUAAUUUUAAUUCUUUGGGUUUCUACUAUUGUCUCCUCAUUUGUUGACAAUAUUCCAUUGACUACUAUGAUGAUAAAAGUGAUAACUUCAUUGUCUCAAAAUCCUGAACUAGAAUUACCAUUACCACCUUUGGUUUAUGCAUUAGCAUUUGGUGGUUGUCUUGGUGGAAAUGGAACACUGAUUGCUGCUUCAUGUAAUAUGGUCUGUGCUGGAGUAGCUGAACAACAUGGAUACCGAAUGUCCUUUAUGCAAUUCUUCAAAGUUGGAUAUCCAGUGAUGUUAGGUAGCAUAGUUAUUGCUACAGUAUACUUGCUUGUUAGUCAUGUAACAUUUGGAUGGAAUACAUAAUGUUGUUUGUUUCGUCAGAUUUUCAAAAAAAUGUUCCUGUGAAAAUAUCUAGCUGACAAAAAGAUAAAUUUAUUUAUUUUUAUAUUUUAGUUUGAAUUAAAAUUAAAAUUGUUUAAGUAAUAUUAAGUAUAUUUAUGAUUGUUUAUAAAA